GACAUGUUCUGCAAUCUUAAGCAGGUAAUUCAGGUGUGUUUACUUUUAGAGCAAGACAAAGUGGCCGAGGAUGGAGAUCCAAUGGAAGAACACGCCAAGAUUUCCCAUACUAAUAUCCUCAAUAAUAUUGAUGAUCACACACGUGCACGCUACAAACAAACAUUUGAAUAUGUCAUGGAGCAUGCCCCUUAUCUCGAGAAUUUGAUUGGCAAGAAGAAAAAACGCGAGGAGCUCGCACAUGUCAUUAGUGAGAUGCAGAAUAUGAUUAACCACACCCACUUGGAGGAUGCCAGUCGUCUCAAAAGCUGCAUGGGCUCUUAUGCUGUGCCAGUCCCAGAUAAGGCCCUCGUCAACCCUCCAAUUGGCAAUGACAGCAAGUCUCGUUCCAAAAUGGGGUUUAAUCACCCACAGCUUGGCCCAAUGCUUUGUCCCGCAAAAUUUCUUAUUGAAUACAACAAGUAUCCGGCCGAGUAA